UUGUAGGGCGGCUGUGGGGCGGGGCAGCCUGGAUUGCAGCUAUCGGUCUUUUUUCAUGCCAGCCUGGAUGGGAGGCUGUUUUGGACGCACUGCUUACUCACCAGCCUCCUCCUUUUGUCUGCCAGCCCAGCCUGACUCCUUGAGAUUGUGAAUAGCUCCCAUCUAGCCUGUGAAGCUAGCUGGACGCUGGACGGCUGAGCCAGGCUGCUCCUGGAUCAUCCUACAGGCCCCAUGCUACGGCUGGAGCCCUCCCCUGGGCUGGGGGGCCGCUGGCCUGGCCUCCUGCCUGUGCUCCUGGCUCUCCUUGGCGUGGCCUGGGCAGAGGUGCAGCCACCCCAGCUGUGGGAGGAGCAGGCCCCAAUAUCUGGAGCCCUGAGCAGGAAGGAGAGUUUCCUGCUCCUCUCGCUGCACAACCGCCUGCGCAGCCGGGUGCACCCCCCUGCGGCCAACAUGCGGAGAAUGGACUGGAGUGAGAACCUGGCCCAACAGGCUCAGGCCAGGGCUGCCCUCUGUGGCCGCCCAGCCCCAAACCUGGGGCCCACCCACCGAGCCAGUGCACACAUGGGCUGGAAUGUGCAGCUGCUGCCUGUGGGCUCCGCAUCCUUUGUCCAGGUGGUGGGCCUGUGGUUUGAAGAGGGCCAGUGGUACAGCCAUGCAGCAGCCGAGUGUGCCCACAAUGCCACCUGUACCCACUACACCCAGCUUGUGUGGGCCACCUCCAGCCAGCUGGGCUGCGGGCGACACCCCUGCUCUGGGCACCAGGCUGAGAUGGAAGCCUUUGUCUGCGCCUACUCCCCCGGAGGCAACUGGGAGGUCGACGGGAAGACGAUUGUCCCCUAUAAGAAGGGCGCCUGGUGUUCGCUCUGCACGGCCAGCGUCUCAGGUUGCUUCAAAGCCUGGGACCAUGCAGGGGGGCUCUGUGAGGUCCCCAGGAACCCCUGCCGCAUGAGCUGCCGGAACCACGGGCAUCUCAACAUCAGCACCUGCCACUGCCACUGCCCUGCUGGCUACACGGGCAGGUACUGCCAAGUGCGGUGCAGCGUGCAGUGCGUGCACGGCCGGUUCCGGGAAGAGGAGUGCUCCUGCGUCUGCGACGUGGGCUACGGGGGAGCCCAAUGCGCCACCAGGGUACACUUCCCCUUCCACUCCUGUGACUUGAGGAUCGAUGGGAACUGCUUCAUGGUGUCUUCAGAGGCAGACACCUAUUACGGAGCCAAGAUGAAAUGCCAGGCAAAGGGCGGGGUCCUCGCCCAGAUUGAGAGCCAGAAAGUACAAGACAUCCUCGCCUUCUACCUGGGCCGCUUGGAGACAACCAACGAGGUAACCGACAGCGACUUUGAGACCAGGAACUUCUGGAUCGGGCUCACCUACAAGGCCUCUAAGGACUCCUUCCGCUGGUCCACCGGGGAGCACCAGUCCUUCACCAGUUUUGCCUUUGGGCAGCCUGACAACCAGGGGUUUGGCAACUGUGUGGAGCUGCAGGCCUCAGCCGCCUUCAACUGGAACGACCAGCGCUGUAAAACCCGAAACCGCUACAUCUGCCAGUUUGCUCAGGAGCACAUUUCUCGCUGGGGCCCAGGGCCCUGAAACUCUGCCACGCCUCUCCCUUGCCUCUCCCUGGGUGCACCAGCCCUGCUUGCCGAUUUGCCCAUGUCUCUGGAACAAGGGCCAGGCCAGGACCUCAAGCCCAACAUCUGAAGAGGUCCCAGACCUUGCAGGAAGUGGGGAGGGGCCAGUAGGGAGGCUAGCAGAGGGGAAGGGGAGCCUGGGGCCCCUCAGCCUGCUUCUGAUCAGGGAGAUGGGCCUCAAUUAGGUGGUGAAACAAGAGCCAAGGCCAGGGGCAGACUAGACCGAGACCGCUCUCCUCCAUCUGGGCUGGACCCUCUGGGGCAGAUGGAGGUUGCUCGCAGCUCAGGAUGCAGCCCACAAAAGAUUAAACUAAGUUAUGGAACAAACUUGUGGAUGCUCAUUUCGAAGGGGAAUUCAGAUGAGCCAGGAUGACCCUGGAGGACCAGAGAGAGCCUGAAGCUCAGUGCCUCCUGCCCACCAAGCCCCCUGCUCACCCACGGGAGACCCAGGCCGCCCUCUGGAUGCUUCCUUGUGCCCUUCCUUCCUGAAUAAUGCAUAGAUACAGAAGCCUCAUUUGCAUCCCUGAUGUCUUGCUCCAGCUCCUCUCAUCACUGCCUCUGUGGGCUUGUGUUUCUGUUCGCACCCUCUCCCUUUGAGCUUUAUGCCUGCUCCACGUGCUUCUUCUUUCUUUGUGAUGAUCUACACCAGGGUGUGUGCUGGCCCCGUCUCCCUCCGCUUCCUGCAGUGGUGAGAGGGUCCAGGCAGGCACUGUCACUACCAUCCAUAACGUGCCACAGCCCACUUACAUGCUGCUGUGUACGCACCCUGAGUUGCUUUGCUGGUUGGAGGUAGAAGUGUGGCCUGGGGCCAUGGUGGGGUGGGGUGGGGGGAAGAGUGCCAGUCACAGGUCUUAGCUGCAACUGAUAAAAACAGCUCUGGCUAAUCAUGGCAGAAAAGUAACUGAUCCUAAGGACGAUGAUUUUAAAAUGGGCAAAAGCCCAGCUGGUGUGGUUCAGUUGACUGAGCAUGGGCCUUUGAACCGAAGGGUCACCAGUCGGAUUCCCGGUCAGGGCCUGUGCCUGGGUUGCAGGCCAGGUCCCCUGCGGUGGGUGUGUGAGAGGCAACCACACAUUGAUGUUUCUCUCCCUCCCUUCCCCUCUCUCUAGAAAUAAAUAAACAUAACCUUAAAAAAACUCAUCAAAUUUUACAGUUGAAAUAAAUGCAUCUUAUUGUAUGUAAACUAUAAGAAAAUAAAUA